UUGAAGUAAUUUAGUUUGGUAAAAAUAAACAAAUGCACGAAAUUUUUAUUAGGUAGGUGUAGUUGGUACUCACUCUGUAACAGGGUCGCUAUCCCAUGUUUUCUCGCGAAUCGCAAUAAAUAUGCUAAUUAAAAUUAGGUAAUCAUAUGCAUUUUCAUUCAUGACAUACCCAUGUUAUUCAUCUAGAUAUCUGUGAUUGUAAGAAUUUCGAAGCUCUUUACAAGUAGUGCACAAUUAUUUUACCAUUUACAUUUGGUUACUGGGCACGUGUCUAACGAUCAGUUUUAUUCUUACGAAUUAAAGCAGUUACCUAGUUAAGUACUUAGAUUAUCACCACAAGACAAUGCAAUUCACAUUUUGGCAUAUAUGUUUAGCAUCAGUUCUUCUAACACAUGCUAGCGAUGGAUUCAGAAUAUUGGGAAUAUUUCCAUGGCCUGCUAAAAGUCAUUUCUCCUGCAAUAAUGCCAUUAUGAAAAGUUUGAUCGAUACUGGGCACGAGGUCACCGUCAUUACGUCGUUUCCCAAACAUGCAUCUGCAGAAAAUUAUUCAUCAAUUAUCGACGUUUCUGAGGAACACAUGAUUCGUGUCGGACGAGCAUCAUUCGACGAAUGGACUUCGCAAAAUCCUUUCAAACUUUUAGAUAAAGGGAUCAAAGUAAUAUACCCGUAUUGUUCGAAAAUUCUUAAUUUACCAGAGAUACAAAGAAUACUGAACAGCGAUGAAAAAUUAUACGACGUGGUAUUCGUUGAAAUAUUAUUCUUCUAUAAAUGCUUUUUACCAGUUGUUGAGAAAAUGAAUAUACCUUUUAUCGGAACAACAACCGUGAGGACCUGCUUUCAAGCAGAUCACGCAAUUUAUAAUCCUCACCAUCCGGCUUAUAUUCCGUACGAAGUGGUAACCCAAAAAUGGAAACUAGAGCAUAUUUUAGGACGAAUAAAUAACGUGUGGAAUUACAUCGUUGCAUCCUGGCAUGAAAAUGUCGUUUUCCCGAAAAUGUUGAAACAGUUUCACGACGACCACAUCGAUCAACUCAGCUCUUUGGAGAAAUAUAUGACCAUGGAGCCUGAUUUAAUUUUUUAUAACAAUCACGCUUCUUUGUUACCCAGACCAAUGAAUCCAAAUGCGAUUGAAAUUGGAGGAGUACAUGUGGAAGACGCUAAACCUUUGCCAAAGAAUUUUCAAGAAUUCAUAGAUGAAGCAGAACAUGGUGCCAUUUUAUUUGCACUUGGGUCAUUUGUUCGAGCAGCUACCUUGACUCUGGAAAAUCAAAAGGCGUUUAGAGAUGCUUUCGCCGAAAUACCACAGAGAGUUAUUUGGAAAUUUGAAGAAAAAAUGGAUAAUUUGUCCAGUAACGUGAUGAUACUCGACUGGGUGCCUCAAAGAGAUAUCUUAGAACAUGAAAACGUGAUAGCCUUCAUCAGUCAUUGCGGAUUAGGAAGUAUGAAUGAAGCAGUUUACACUGCUACUCCUGUGGUUGCUUGUCCGUUAUUUUUUGACCAACCUGACAACGCGGAAUUGUUGGAAAAUUUAGGGGUAGCAGUUCAUUUAGAUAUUUACGACAUUACUAAAGAAAAUGUGCUGUAUGCGUUGAAUGCAGUUAUUAAUGAUACAAAAUAUUACAAUAAUAUGCAGAAACUUUCAACAAAAUUCAAAGACCGACCAAUGACAUCUCAGCAAAGUGUCGUUUAUUGGACUGAAUAUGUGAUAAGGCAUCAAGGAGCGUCUCACUUGAAGAGUCCAGCGACUCGGUUAUCUUGGUUCCAAUUUUUGAUGUUCGAUGUUAUAUUAAUUGUAGCAGUAGUUUUAAUAAUUUUCAUGUGUUUGCUCAGUUGUGCUUGUAGAAUUCUAUCUUCUUAUUGUAUAUCAUGUAUUGGCUUUUUAAGAACAUUUAAUAAACUAAAAACUGAAAAUGAUAAUUUUUCAGAACACCAAAAUGUUAUCGCGUUUAUUAGCCAUUGUGGUUUGGGAGGUACAAAUGAAGCAGCUUACACCGCAACACCUGUGAUUGCUUGUCCCUUAUUUGCCGAUCAACUGGAUAAUGCCAAAUUGUUAGAAGAUCACGGUGUUGCUGUUCAUUUAGACUUCCAUGACAUUACAAAGGAAAAUAUUUUGAAUGCAUUAAAUGCAGUUAUCAAUAACACAAGUUAUCGUGAUAAUAUGCGAAAGCUGUCGAACAAGUUUAAAGACCGACCAAUGACACCACAGCAAAGUGUAGUUUAUUGGACAGAAUAUGUAAUCAGGCAUCAAGGUGCAUCUCAUCUCCGAAGUCCGGCAUCUCGGUUGUCUUGGUUACAAUUUUUCAUGCUGGAUGUAAUAUUUAUUGUUACAACUGUCCUAGUCAUUUUUGUACUUUUAUUUUAUUUUAUCAUCAGAAUUUGCUUAUCUAAUUUUGUCAAGAUUAGAUGUUUCAAUCAAUUUAAAUACAAGUAGGUAACCUAAAAAUGAAAAACUGUGAAAAUGUCAAAUUAUGAAUAUAAAUACGUAGAUAGGUAUUUAUAAUAAUGUAUCUAAUCUUGCGGAUCAGUCAUUUUGUAGCUAGGUACAUGAACCUUUUUUAAUGCAUUUACUCCACUGUUUACUUCUCUUAUUUAUGUGUAUGAUGUAUGAAACGAAUUUUUUGAAAACCUCAUGAUUCCUUUGAAUGUAAUACUCGUACACUGCUACUUAUCGAAUGCAGGUACCUAUAAAGAAAAUGAUGCAUUCAAAUUGAAAUGAAGUAGACCAACAAUGAAGAAUUGCAAGUUUUUGUCACCUUUCUAUGUACAUAAGUCAUUAAGUACCGAAUUGUUUUCUUUCUAUGCAUUUCACGAUAAGAUUAUAUCCAAUGCCCUAUACAUU